GCCGAAGUCGGACGCUUAGCCAACUGAGCCACCCAGGCGCCCCUGCAACCUUAUUCUUAAAAAGCAUCAUCAAGCUUCCUGGGUAUGGCUUGAUCUCCUUUUCUUAGGUUAAAUAGUUGCACUAAGAGGAUUAACAGCAAGAGUAGGACCCCUUCCCAGGUACUGACCAUAACGCAGCCCCCCUGCCCCCAGAGGAGAGGACCAGCAUACAGCACAAGCCUGUGGUUAUGAGGCAUAGUACAGGGGGAGAUGAUUAAUGCAUGUCAGUUCUAAAGGAAUGAAAAGCACGAGGCUGAAAGAUCAAGUCCAUGUUUCUAGAGAAGCAAACAGGGGGCAGAAAUCCAAACAACAACUGCCAAAAAUUCCACGAAUAUGUAAAGUCCCAAACAUGAUCCGCCCGAUAGGCUGUCCCUCCUCCCACAAAGGAUCACCACUGCAGUGACUCAAGUGCAUCCAGACACUUUAGGGAAGCACCAGAGAGAUCACUUUUAGUUUUCCAAGUGCUCGCGAUGAAUUUAUGGCAUCCCGACUCCUCUCUGUGCUGGGAAGGAGCAGGCAUGUGGCGAUGGCUGCCAUCAUCCUGCGAAACAUUACUGACGCCAAGAAAUGAAAUCUUCGGAGCCUUUGAAAGGCUUCCAAGAAUGUCAGCACGUACUGCCUGCCCGCUCUCUGCUGAAUGCCUACUUUGGCUGUCUGCUUAGUACUGAAUGUGCCAGACAGGCCUUCUUACAAAGGGAGAGAGUGUUUUGGGCCCAUGAAAGGGGAAGGCACAGCGUUUCUGUUGUGAAUGGCGAGAUUCAAGAAGUAGGGGAAAAAGUGGCAGCGUGAGGCGAGGCCUUCAGGAAAGGUACAAAUAAAAGACCAAAAAAGAAAAGGGAUGGCAUCCACCUACGUGUGGCAAAUUCUGCCAUCACUCCCUGCCGUCAAAUAUAGAGAUGGAGACUACUGUCACGCCACGCACCAGGCUCGAUUUCCAUGGGGGGGGGAAGAAACCCCAAAAACGCUUGCUUGUAGAUUCUCCCUGGAUCCAAGGACUUCUUGAUCAACUGAGAGUAAGAAUUUUUAAGCGCUGGCAAGGCAUAUAUAACUGUACGUUUGUUUCCAUUUUCACACCAAAUAGAAAUGCCACUCGUACUGCUUGUUAUUUGGGUUUUUCUUUGACUCUUUCUGCCUCCAAUAUGUGAAGGGAAAAAGAUGAGACGCGUCCGCUGUAGCACUUGGAAUAUUUUAUUCUGCAAGCUGGCUUUAAGAAAGGAAGAAAAAUGUUUUGUGUAGUGAACUCUUUAACGGCGCUGCCCAUAAUUCCUUGGCACAGCAGCUACCGCUAGAGGAAAGAACUCUUGUGGUGUUCUGGGCUUUUCCGAGGAGGCAGUCUGAUGUCAUUGGUGGCAGACGCAAAUCUCAUGGCAAGGGCCUUAUAUGACAACGUCCCGGAGUGUGCCGAGGAGCUGGCCUUCCGCAAGGGAGAUAUCCUGACUGUCAUAGAACAGAACACAGGAGGACUGGAAGGGUGGUGGCUCUGCUCCUUACAUGGUCGACAAGGCAUUGUCCCCGGCAACCGGGUGAAGCUUCUGAUUGGCCCCAUUCAGGAGACCCCCUCCAGUCAGGACCAGCCUACUUCUGGACUCACGCACCAGACCUUUGGCCAACAGAAGCUCUAUCAAGCGCCAAACCCACAUGGCGGCCCUCGAGACACAAUCUACCAAGUGCCACCUUCCUACCAACAUCAGGGGAUUUACCAAGUCCCCACUAGCCAUGGUACCCAGGAACAGGAUGUGUAUCAAUUACCGUCAUCCGUGCAGAGAAGCAUUGGGGGGGCUAACGGCCCCCACUUAAGCAAAAAGGUGAUAACCCCCGUGAGAACAGGCCAAGGCUACGUGUAUGAGUACCCGACCAGAUACCAAAAGGAUAUCUACGACAUCCCUCCUUCCCACACCACUCAAGGGGUAUAUGACAUCCCUCCAUCAUCAGUCAAAGUCCCUGUGUUUUCAGUUCCAGUGGGAGAAAUAAAACCUCAAGGCGUCUAUGACAUCCCUCCUACAAAAGGGGUAUAUGCCAUUUCACCCUCUACUUGCCGAGACGAAGCAGGGCUGAGGGAAAAAGAGUAUGAUUUCCCCCCUCCGGUGAGGCAAUCGGGAAGGCUGGACGUCAGACCAGAGGGCGUUUAUGACAUCCCCCCAGCCAGCACCAAGCCAAUGGGGAAGGACCUUCGCAUAAAAUAUAACUGUGAUGCUCCGGGAGCCGCUGAACUGGCCACACGAAGACACCAAAGCGUUUCGGUGAACCACCCACAGCUGGGACAGUCACUGGGCGCCCAGAACGAUGCAUAUGAUGUCCCCCGAGGGGUUCAGUUUCGGGAGCCAGCGGCAGAAAGCGGUGAGAAAGCAAACCCCGAAGAAAGAGACGGCGUGUACGACGUCCCUCUGCACAACCCACCAGAUGUCAAAGGCUCUCAGGACGUGGUGGACAGUAUCAACCGGUUAUCUUUCUCCAGCACGGGCAGCACCAGGAGUAACAUGUCCACGUCUUCGACCACCUCCAAGGACUCCUCGCUGUCAGCCUCCCCGUCUCAGGACAAAAGGCUCUUACUGGAUCCAGACACAGCCAUCGAGAGACUUCACCGGCUCCAGCAGACCCUGGAGACGGGCGUCGCCAGCCUCAUGGCGCUGGUCACCACAGACUGGCGGUGUUACGGAUACAUGGAACGACACGUCAACGAGAUCCGCACCGCGGUGGACAAGGUGGAGCUGUUCGUGAGGGACUACCUCCAUUUUGCCAAGGGAGCUGUAGCAAACGCUUCCUGCCUCCCCGAACUCGUCCUCCAUAACAAAAUGAAGCGGGAGCUCCAAAGAGUGGAAGACUCCCACCAGAUUCUGAGCCAGACCAGCCAUGACUUAAACGAGCACAGCUGGUCCCUGAACAUUCUGGCCAUCAACAAGCCCCAGAACAAGUGCGAUGAUCUGGACCGGUUUGUGAUGGUGGCGAAGACAGUGCCCGAUGAUGCCAAGCAGCUCACCACAACCAUCAACACCAACGCGGAGGCGCUCUUUAGACCAGGCACGGGCAGCUCACACGUGAAGAGUGGGUCUGGGAGCAUCAUGAACUCCGCUGAGUACCCACACGCCGCGUCCCAGAUGCAGCUGCUGCAUCCCGGGGACCACAAGGCCCAAGCCCUCACCAAGCCAUUGCCCCCGAGCCUAGGCAAGGACCAGCCUCCUGACUGUAGCAGCAGCGAUGGGUCUGAAAGGAGCUGGAUGGAUGAUUAUGAUUAUGUCCACCUACAGGGCAAGGAGGAGUUUGAGAGGCAACAGAAGGAGCUGCUGGAAAAGGAAAAUAUCAUCAAACAGAGCAAGAUGCAGCUGGAACAUCAUCAGCUAAGUCAGUUCCAGCUGCUGGAACAGGAAAUUACCAAGCCCGUGGAGAACGACAUCUCCAAGUGGAAGCCCUCUCAGAGCCUCCCGACCACAAACAGCAGCGUGGGCUCUCAGGAUAGGCAGCUGCUCUACUUCUACUAUGACCAGUGUGAGACCCAUUACAUCUCCCUCCUCAAUGCCAUCGACGCCCUCUUCAGCUGUGUCAGCUCCGCGCAGCCCCCACGCAUCUUCGUGGCCCACAGCAAGUUUGUCAUCCUGAGCGCACACAAACUGGUGUUCAUUGGGGACACGCUGACGAGGCAGGUGGCCACCCAGGACAUUCGCCACAAAGUGAUGAACUCCAGCAACCAGCUCUGCGAACAGCUCAAGACUAUAGUGAUGGCGACCAAGAUGGCCGCCCUCCAUUACCCCAGCACCACGGCCCUGCAGGAGAUGGUGCACCAUGUGACAGACCUGUCCAGGAACGCCCAGCUCUUCAAGCGCUCUUUGCUGGAGAUGGCAACCUUCUGAGAAGGGCAGGAAGAAGGGGGAGCUGAGCGCGCCACCAAGGAAAACUGGAAAUGCUAUCUGGUUUUUGUAAAUGUUAUCUAUUUUUGUAGAUAAUUUUAUAUGAAAAUGAAAUAUUUUAACAUUUGAUGGGGUUAGAUGACAUUCAGAAAUUCAGGGAGCUCGAGGGGGAAUUUUUUUUUUUUCCCGUGUGGUUCUUAUGUAAACACGUAAGCAUCUAAGGCAUCAGCUGUACAGAAACGUGUCCAUGUGCGUGUGUAUGCCUGUGUAGGCACGUUCGUUUGUAGACGUCUGUCCGAGACAUUCCAGUAGAAAACAUGAAUUAAGAAGCACCUUAGUAACCACCUCCUAAUGCUGCAUUUUUUUCCUUUUUUUUCUGUUUUUUUUUUUUUUUUUUUUUUUUUAGAAAACAUACCAGCUAGUUGUAAUAUUGCUAUAUGUAUACUAGCAAUUAUCCUGAGCCUGUCACUUCCAAGUCUGGGAAGCACGUAUACAUGCAAAUGUUCACCUUCCAAUAAUGAGGCAUGAUGUGACUUGUUCUUGUGUUGGGGCCCCUUUCAAAGUCGACCUUCUCGGGCACAUUGUGGCAAAAUGCCGCACUUCUGAUGGAGGAAGCCCUGUUAGAAGUUUCAGGAAGUGUAUGUUGAUUCAAGCACCGAUAUUUUCGAAGUAUUUCAAGGCCAUAUCCCCAGUUCGGGCUGGGUUGUUUCAAAACAGAGAGGACAUCACAAUAAAAGGAGAGCACAUGUUUCCCCGGGGCUUUUUGAUCAUCUGCGUUUAUGAGUGAUUUGGCCAUGAGGCUUUCCAGAGGGUGUUUUAAAUUUGCAAAGACCAGAUUAUUUGCAGCAGGAAUUCAUAAAGACAUAUCAGACUACGAUUGUCCACAAAAAGCAGGGAUGGUUCCGUUCUGUCAGGUUUAAGUAGAGGCCUUUUUGGACUCUCAACAUUCACUUGGGUGCUACCACCGUCAGUACCUGAGGAAAACUGACCAAUUUCUUAGUCACUUAAAGGUGAAGAGCCUCCAGGCCACAUCCUAUUCUAUGAAAAUCCAUUUCUUGAUCUCGCACCCUUCUUCAAACAUGCAGCUGCUGACCCAGCACUGAGCCCAUCCAGCCUUUACAAUUCUGUCUGGCCCACGGCCCUGUGUAAACAGCCCAUUGCCAUCUCACAGCUCAGCAAAGUCCAUUCCAUAGUCUUCCCCCUUAAACCUGUUGGUGUUGGCACAGUACAGACACAACACAAGCCAUCAGAUUCAUCUUGGGGCAGAUGAGACCUUUCCUACCCAAUGGGUAAAGGUAUUCUCACAUUACUGAGUCAGGAAGCAUGUUAUCUAUGGGCUUUUGGUCCCGUUCUUAUUUAAUGGUUCUAGUCUAGCCUAUUGGAAAACGUUUUUAUUUUGCAAUAUAUGCCUUGACUUAAUUAAGCUUGCUUGUUUUAAAAACCAAAUCAUUGGAACAGGAAGGGAUUUAAGAGAGAAGAAUGUGUGAUCUAAGUGUGAUGGAAAAAAAAAAAAUCAGUGAAACAUCAUAGAAGGUGCUUUUGAAAACAGCCGUGAUUGUAGCUCUCCAAGUUCUCUGUCAAAAGAUGAUUACAAAUUGUAUGGUUAUAUGACAAGUAAGUUUGUAGGGAGGAAGGAGACUGCUGAAAAUCAACUAAGCAGGAGUUCAUAAGUGUCCCUAUAGAGUCCAUUGUAUAAUAAUGUGUAUUUCUUAGGAGAUGGCAGACUUGUUCUAAGUUACGUGGUGACAUUUCACGUUUUCGAAACCAAAACAUCCAGUCUGUAUUACUCUUUCCCAUCUUGUAUGUAAAGGUUAUUUUUUAAACAUUAAAUUUUUAGAUCUCGA